AUGUUGGUGAGCACUUCUGAGGGGCAAAGCGUGGAGCCCAGUGUGGACACAAAGUCUAUCCUAAAUGGGAAUGUGAAGAAGAGGAGUAAGAGGGUGAAGAAGAAAGUUAUACGGACGUGUGCUUUUUGUAGGAGACGGAAGCUUAAGUGUGAUAAUGCUAGACCGAUGUGUUCAACCUGUGUGAGCAGGAAGUUCAGUACUUGUAUAUAUGAGGACACUGUGGACACCCGAAAAGUAAAGUUGGAAGAGGUUUUUGAUUCUGUGCCGAAUUUGACGCUGUUGAAGAAAGUAGAAGAGUUGGAGAAGGCCUUGCAGGCGGUUGAUCCAGAUACAGCCGCCAAGAUUAGCCAUCAGGAAAACAGCGUGGUGAACCCUGUUGCUGAUAUAUUCUUUUUACAAUCCAAGGGAUCUGGGAGGAAGAUAUUGUAUGGCCCUACAUCGAGCAGAACAUAUAUACGUCUUCAAAGUCAGGAUUUCUUAGAUCGAUUCAAACAAUUGUACGCCAAGGUCAAAGAAGAGCGAAACAAAUGGAAGUCCAAGAAUAAAUUGUCUGUAUUAAAGGAAUUAGAAGUCAUAGAUGGUGAGUUUGAACUUGGUGACACGAGGUCAUUAUUCACUCAAGCAGUGGCGGCGUUGCCAUCAUAUGAGGCAACCCGCAGAGCGAUUCAACAGUUCUUCGACAAUACAUUAUUUCAUGAAAUAAGCUCUACGCUGGACUUCAGCAAAGUUAUGAACGAUUUUUAUCAAGAAUUUGAACCUGGUGAAUACAUUAAUGAUGGAAAGGAAAGACGGAUAGCAGGUGUAAAGGUUUCUCAGAAGAGAAACUUUUAUAAGAUGGCAGUCAUCGUUAUGAUUGUCUGUCUCCAGCACUAUAAUGAAGGAGUUCCUAUUGCUAUUCAGAGGUUCCACAUCGCGCUAUCGGGUACUACUACUUCAAAAAUUCUAUACCUGGAACGUACACAGUUCCUUUUACUCAGAUAUUACUAUAGAGAGCUUUACGCCCCUUGCGGUGAUGAGAUUCAUAUGCUAAAUCUUGUGGAUACGUUGUGCACUUCAGCCACUAACAUAGGUUUGCAUUUGAAUCAUUCUAUUUAUGAAGGUCAAGAGGCCAGUAUCGGCAGUAUGAAGGCCAUGGAAAACUUGUGGAUAUGGGUCAUUUACGCUGAUGUUAACACAUCCCUGCAUGUUGGUAGGCCGCUCUUAAUUAACAGAGAUUUAUUAGACGAUAGUUUACCAAGUGUCCUUGACAAUGAUACUGAUAAGCCUGGGAGUUAUUAUUGGAAACUAAAGAGGCUGUUGAAGAUAGCCAGAAGGCAUAUCCAUGGUAUUUAUAAUAGGAGGGUUAUUCCUAAUCUGGUGCAAUACUCUGAAGAUAUUGCACAAUAUAUUGAGAAGGAGUUUCCAGAGUUGUACAGAUACACUACCUAUGAAGGUAUUGAUGCGCAAUCUGCCUCUGAUUACCGUGUGCUGACUUUGGCCAUGAAUUUAUCGAUCACCUAUUAUUCCUUGAGGUUUAUUGUGACCAAGGAGAGGUCAUUGGAGUUGAAGAAUAACAUCUUGCAGCAAAGUUUGAUUGGUGUCUCUAUGGUAGUCAAUUUGACCUUAUAUUGCUACACGCAGGAUCUCCACUACUAUCCGGAUGCUGUGGGAACAUCGAAAUACAUAACACCAUACCUGUCCUUUUCGCUUUCAGCUACAAACACGUUGUUCCAGAAGGCCAUCACCCUGUUCUGUGCGAUGUUGUAUUACAAGCUGACGUUAUUUGAGAGAGGUAAGUUCCUGAAGAAAGAGCUGAAGGACAUUGACCAGCAUGAUCUGACGACGCUGCGAGUGGCGCCGGGACGCAACAUCUCCUUGAUCAGCUCGUUCAGAGUGUACUCUGAUCUAUUUGACAGGUGGCACAACGGCAACGCCAGCAAAGGUAUGAUGGAAGUCGUUGUGCGGUCGCACACCUUCAUCGUCAGUUUGGCGCUGGAGCGUGUGAACAGGACGUUGCUUGCCAAGAUCAUCGAGUACCGUACCAAAGCGGAGGAUGUGUGGAUCCCGCUGGAAGAGAUGGAGAACGGUGUCGCUGCCACGUCUGGCUCGAUGGCACCUCCAGCUCAGAUACAACAUGAACCACAGCAAGUGCAACCACAGCAAGCGCAGCAAACGCAAGUGCAACCGCACACACAUAUGGCACAUGCACAUGAGGGAUCGACUAACGGCAGCGGCGCGUCGACGAGAACGCACAGCUCCGGGACCAGCCAGGGGACCAGCCAGGGAACGAGUGUUGGUAUGCAGGGCAACGGGUGUCCGUCGCGUAUAAUGGACGUCGAGACCCCGCUGUCUAUGGUGUCGCCCGUGAUCACGAGGGACAAGAGUGCCAACGGCAGCAUCGCCGGCUCAGACAUCAGCAGCAUGUACGCGGACGAGAUACUCAACGUGCCGAACGUUGACAUCGCCGCGGACUCGUUCCUGGACAUGGACAGCACAGAGCCAGAGGACGAAAACUCAAACAAGCUCGCGCAGAUGCUAGCAGACGAGUUCUGGACCAACUACAACUCGGGCUUCCCGGACAUAGUCGACCGCAUAGACUACAACACCUUGUUUGAGUGA